AUGGUCUCGCAACUGUCCACAGCCGACAGCCAGCCCGCAGGCCCCGACGCCACCAAGCAGCCCACCCACCCGCCGCCGACGCCACACCGGGGCAGUCCGGAGCAGCAGGAAGGGCCCGAUGUCGUCAUCAAGCCCGUCUCGGCCGAGGUCGGGCGCGGCGUCUUCGCGGGGAGGCGCUUCAAGCACGGCGAGCUCAUCUUCCAGGAGGCGCCCGUCAUGACGGCGACGCACGACGCGUUCCACGAGGCGUCGACAAGGAACGCGCCCGCGGCGUACGAGUCGCUGCCGGAGCGCGACCGGCUGCUCAUGCAGGCAGCCUUCACGGCGCUGGCCCGCGCGGCCGUGGCACCCUGCGGUCCGGCCGCCCUGACCGAGAUCGCGAGCAAGCUCGACCGGCCGGCCACGGCGCGGGUCGACCUCGGACCGUCGGAUCAGCACCUCCACGCCAGCCGGGGCGGCGCGGCGCCCGUGAGACGGCGGGGCGCGGCUGAGUCUCGGGCCAUGCUGGGCUGGUUCUGUGCGUACGCCUUCCGCCUGCCCGAGAGCCAGGGCCGCCGGCGGGGAGCCGUGUUCUUGGUCGGCUCGCUGAUAAACCACGCGUGCGACGGCUGGAACGCCAACUUCAGCUUCGCCGGUGACAACCUGCGCGUGCUGGCCAGGAGGGACAUAGAGGAGGGGGAGGAGAUAUCGAUCAACUAUGGGCGCUCGAGGAAGGAGUUUCACUGUCUGUGUGGGCAUUGUCUGCGAGGGAGAUGGUGGCGAUCUGGGUUUUGGCGACACACUUGCGCCAUCACCUGA